AUGGAUCCAUUGAUCGCUUUGCAAGUGUUUGGUUGUAUGGAUUCAUUCCCAUGCAUGAAACGGUCUGGUAUGUACGUUGGAUAUAAGCAAGCCUACAAAGGACUUGAGAGUGAAGAUUUUAUGGAUCAGAUAUAUAAAAUUGAACGUCCAUAUUAUUUGAACAAAAUUGCAUUCGCUUCAACUUGUGUUUUUCCCAAUCUUUAUCCAAAUAGUUUGUGGUUUCUUCUGCUUAUUUGCUUCUUUUGUACAUACUCAUAUGUAUAUACAUAUACACAUAAAUAUUUUUGUGUAUUCUUUUUCUUUUUUCCUUAG